UAUUUUGUAGGGAAUGAUAUAUAUCACAUUUUUGUAGAUCUUUUUUCUUUUAAACACUUUGCAAAAUUAUUCCCCUAUAAAUACCCAUCAUCCCUGCCCAAGUUCCAUUUAACAAACCCACCAGAUUUCGAUCAUCUUUAUUUUUUAGAAUAUCCCCACUUAACAUGGAUCAGUUAACACUAGCAUUUCCAUUUUUACUAACACUUCAUCUGUUAGUAUCAGGUGUAGUAGCAACAACAUCGUUCACACUGGUUAACAAAUGCGACUACACAGUGUGGCCAGGCAUUCUCUCAAACGCAGGAAUCGCCACGCUUCCAACAACAGGUUUCGUUCUUCAAACCGGAGAGUCCAAAACCGUAACCGCUCCAACCUCUUGGGGUGGCCGUUUCUGGGGCCGCACACUCUGCACGCAAGACUCCGCCGGAAAAUUCUCUUGCCUCAGCGGCGAUUGCGGCUCCGGCAAGCUCGAAUGCGCCGGAAACGCCGCCACGCCGCCUGCUACCUUAGCCGAGUUCACUCUCGACGGCGCCGGAGGCCUCGAUUUCUUCGACGUGAGCCUCGUGGACGGUUACAACGUGCCGAUGCUGGUGGCUCCCCAGGGUGGCUCCGGCGAUAACUGCACGAGCACUGGGUGCGUUGGGGACCUGAACGGCGCGUGUCCUUCGGAGCUUAGGGUUACGAGCGUGGAUGGGAAACAGAGCGUGGCGUGUAAGAGCGCGUGCGAGGCGUUCGGGUCCCCGCAGUAUUGCUGCAGCGGCGCGUAUGGGUCGCCCACCACUUGCAAGCCUUCGCCUUACUCGCAGAUUUUCAAGAACGCUUGCCCACGCGCCUACAGCUACGCGUACGAUGACAAGACCAGCACGUUUACGUGCGCUUCUGCUGCGGCUUACACCAUCACUUUUUGUCCUUCUCCUAGCAGUAACCCCAGUCAGAAAUCGUGGCAAGGGCAAAACCCUAAAUCAGAUAGUAGUGGCUCGGCUUCGGCUUCUGCUUCUGGGUCGCCGCAACUUAACAACGGCACAAUGGUAUAUGUAGGUAGCAUGGAUGAAAGUGAAUUAUGGUCCGCAGGUAGUACCCAUGGGCCGGAAUCUCAAACCAUUGCGGGCUUUGUUAGUAUCACCAUCGCUGUUUGGCUCUUGUGCCACCUCUACUAACUAGGCCCAUGUCCAUGUUUUUGUGCCUAAAAAAUGGUGGGACCCUAUCCACCACUUGUUUAAUUUACUACGUCCGCGUGGCCCACACAAGUUGCAACCAUAGUCACUACUCACUCACAAGCAUGCACGUCAUUUUAAAAUGCAUUCAUUGAUGGAACUCCACCACCUUACAAUACAACACAAGUGUUUUGUUUUUGUCCUGGACCCCUCAAAAAGCAGAAUCCGAUGUUAAAAGCUAUGGCUAUUGUGGCUCAUUGGUGAAGACUGAAGAGUGAACAUCCCCCCAAAUUAAACAACAUACUAUAUGGAGGAAAGGUGGUAGGGCUAUUAAAUGAUUUCUUUCCUUGUAAUUUUCUUGUUUAUAUAGUAUAGAAUUCUGUGUUAUGGGCGAUGGGAUUCAUUUAUUGGUUCGGAAUAAUAGACAACAUAAUGACCACAAGUACUAGUACCAUUUUACUGCCUUCUAUUUUCAAUAUGCUACUGGCAUGACACUAUUCAA